AUGAACAGGGAGUUCAGCUCAUUCCUGCCCUCAUUCCCUCCCUCAAAGAGACUGUCGGCCCUGACCAUCACCUCACCAACUCUUCUGAGCCCCAAGGGAGUCUCCAGUCCAAAGGGCUUCUCGAGCCCUAUCAUGACCCCAGAGCCCUUGCCCUCUCCUCCAACACCUAUGCCACACCUCAGUGCCAGUCGUGUCCUCUUCGAGGAGGGCCUCUACAGCGACGUUACUGUCGUCCUCCAGGUCCCUGGAUCCUUCAAAAAGUCGCUCCACCUUCACUCCCGUAUCCUCUCCAAGGAAAGCGAGGUCUUCUCUGCCCUCCUUGCUGGAAAGACGAAUCUUGCCGAUAAGGCCAUCACUCUCCAGGAGGAGCGCGACAGCCAAGGGUCCCAGGUGAUCGAGAUUCAAUGUGUGGAUGCCCAAGAGCUCUACGCUUUCGAGUCCUCCCUCCGUCUCCUCUACACAGGCAGCUGGUGCUCAGACCGCGAUUUCCAGACCAGCACCCUUGACACUCGACUCCGCCGUGGGUUGGACGUCAUGAGCCAGGCCGGCCGCCUCGUCCUCAAGGGCACUACAACAGCAUUGCUUCAGGAGGAGAUCACACAGAUGUGUCAGAGUCAGCCCGAGCUGUUGGAGAAGGUCUCUAAGUCGUUACGAGCAGAGGACCGCGAAGACGACCAGGCGAUUCUGCGGUUCGAUCGAGAUGCAUUGCAGCAGAUGUGUCGCGUUGCCCUCGUCAAGGUCGAGAUCAGAGACCACUGCGAAAUCGCCAUUGCCCGGAACUUGUAUGGGUCCACAAAGUUCCGCGAACUCCGCAUGGCCGAGGUCCAACUCUCUGAACUGCGUCCCGGGUACAUCUUCCCACCAGGCGGUCAAGAGUCGAUCUAUCUCCUCAAGGGUGCCCCCUCCUUGCCUCUUCACCCCUGUAGAGCAACUAAUGUCGAGGCCCUCCGCCACGUGGUUGACCAUUACACUGCCUACAACUCCCAGCAGCCAUUGAGGACCCGCGAGUUCUAUGCCAUCCCCAGCGACGAAGACGAUGACGACGACGAUGACAUGCGUAAGUCAACCGCCACCCUGCACGACGUGACGUUUUACAGAGUGGCCUUCUCAACAGGCUACCAAUGGCUCAUGGACCAAGUGAUCAAGGUCAGGGCUCCCUUUGAGCUCAUCAUCCUCCUACUCAAGGAUGCUGUUGACGAAAACUCAGAUCAAAACAACAAUGUCUCCUUUGGCGAGUUUGCAUCGACCACAGACGGAGACGUGUACCUGCAAGGUGUCAGCUACAUUGCCGAUGGACUCCUUCAUGCCUUUCAAGACCCUACCCUCGAAUCCUUCCGCAACCCAGGUGCCUCGGGUUCGCUGUUGAACAUGAUCUCGUACGGCAUCAAUUCGCUGACCGAUCUGCCGCCCCUUCGCCUCCGACCAAAGUCCGUCAAUGCCGACGCUAACUCCCCCCAUCAUCAUCAAGAUUACCCUGCCCUCUCCACAUUGGUGAUGGAGUUCUUCUGGCAGAUCCUGGAGUUGGCCCUCAAGCGCCCGCAUCACCUAGAGUUCAUCCAGCUGUUGAUGGAUUCAAUCACCAAGAUCGCCCCACUAUCGCCUUUCGAAGUCGUCGAUCGUAUCGAGGAGCGCCUUGCGGAGCUUUUGGAGGAAACUCGUAAGAAGAUUAUGGAGCAGCGCGGGGAUGUUGGCGGUCAGAACGAGGACGAGGCAGAGGACAAUAAGGCCGACAGUGAUGACGAUGAUGACAUUGUCAGCCCAAGAGUUUCUGGAGGCAGAAGCGACGAUGGAUUCGGAAGCAUCAAAGGAAGCUUCUCAGAGGGCCACCGUAGCGAAGUCUCCAGCCGAUUUGACGACCCUGACGAGCGCCGUUCGAUGGUUAGCAGCGUAGUUCGGAUCUCUGACCCACCAAGAUCCUUGUCUGUUAUCGGUACUCGCAAGGACCUGGACGAUGCCUCGUCCAUCCAAGAGCCCGAGAACGACGAUGAGGACGAAGACGAGGAAGCCGAGGCAGAGACAGAACCCGCAUGGAUGAGGCCAGAGUACCUGCAGCCCCUUUGUCUCCAACUGUUGACCACUUUCCCCAUGAACAUCCAGUCGUCGCUGCUGUGGGCCAUUCAUGACCUUCAGCUUUUGUAA